AUGGGGCUCUGUCCUUGGACAGGUAUUAUACAGCUCUUCAGCUCCACCAAGUGUCUGGAGGUUGCAGACAAUCCUCACUCUGAAUACGGUCUCACAGACAACGUCGAGAGGAUAGUGGAAAAUGAGAAGAUGAAUGCAGAGAAGUCAUCCAAACAGAAGGUGGAUCUCCAGUCUUUGCCAACCCGUGCCUACCUGGAUCAGACAGUGGUGCCCAUCUUACUGCAGGGACUUGCUGUGCUCGCAAAGGAGAGACCACCAAACCCUAUUGAAUUUCUAGCAUCAUAUCUUUUAAAAAACAAGGCACAGUUUGAAGAUCGAAAUUGACUUACUGGGAAGAA